ACUUCUGGCAGUAAAGUUUUCGUCUGACACGUAGAAACUCUUUGCCACCCACACAGGCAAUUGGUCAACAUGGCCGACAUUGACUGCGAGCCUUUCAAUCCCUUUAACGUUGGUCCGCCCAACAGCGGCCAACGAAUGGAGUUCAAAAUUCCCACCAGCCCCACGUAUCCGCCGCCGGUGUUUGCCAUUCUGCCGCAGGACAAGCAGGGGUACAUCAAGCGAUCCAUUUCCCACCUGAAACUUGGCCACUCCAAAAUUGGGGAAGUGGCCGUGUCGAAGGCAAUCAACGAGGAGAUGGCCGCUGCCAAGCAGCAGGCGGCUGCCCUCGACGAUGAGCAGCGCUUCGAUGCGGGCGGCAUCUCAAAGCUGCGGCUGCCAAACUCCAAGUCCAGCAUGGACUCAACAUCGAAGGGCCAGUCGAAAGUGUCUGUCGAAACGCUGAUGCCGGUGAGGUCGCAGCGACAGGCCAAAAGCAGAUCGACAUCUGGGUCCAGUGUCAGCGCGGAGGCGAGCGAGGUAUCAAGGAGUUCCGCCUCCAAGCGGAGCAAAAAAUCACAGUCGAGCAUCGCCUCCAAGCGUUCCCAGUCGAGCUCGCCAUCCAAAUCGAGCGCCGCUGCCUCUCUGGGAAGAACCUUGAGCAGAGCUUCCAGUAAAUUUAAUCCUCCAUCGACCACCGCUUCCAGCGUCACACUCACGUCCAAGCUGGCUACAGAACAUGCCAAGGUGGAGUCGGUGAAGGCCUCAAGCUCAAAGGAGAUGUCAAAGCUUUCGCUCAAGUCAAUGACAGGCAAAAAGUCUUCAGGCACUCUAUCCGCGCGCUCUCGCGCCUCCAAGACGAUUGAGAAACCAACUGAAACGGCCUCCGAUAACUUAUCCCAACAUUCGGUGCAGUCCAAGACCAAAGAUGCUGUCCUAAAAUCAAAGAAGAACGAAUCGACUGCCACUCUCAAGUCGAAAGCCGCCCCAUCAAAGGCCUCGUUGAAGGCCAAAGUCAAGCCAGCCAACCAAAUGAAGUCGGUCAAGACCUUGGCUGAGGAAACAUCUUUGAUCGAUCAGGCAGCCAAGUUCACCGAGCGCCUCAAGGCAGGCGAUGAAGAGAAUUUCAGACGCUACAGUUCGUUGAUGAACAAUUACUCAAGGCGGGUGCCCGAGAAGCUGUUCCGAGAGGAUCGCAUGUCCUUCUGGUUCCAGGAUGCUGUGCUCUCCUAGGAGACCUACCCAAUAUUCCACA